AUGGCGCAAGUUGUAUCUCUUCUUGUUGACAAGAUUGUGUAUUGCUUUUUCCUCCCUCUUACUCUGACAGACACAUGUGUGGCUCCAGAUAGGCUGCGAUAUGCAGAGCUCGAGGCCAGCUCCAGCGCAAUGAGCAGCUUUCCUGUUGGGACCAAGGUGAAGUACAUCUGCAGGCCGGGGUAUAUGAGAAUCCCCAGUAAAUCAUUAACUCGUACGUGUGGUGAAGACUUACAGUGGUCACCCACAGAGCAGUUCUGUACAGAGAGAAAAUGUACCCAUCCAGGACAUUUAGAACAUGGUUUUAUUCAUGUGACAGAUCUUACAUUUGGUUCAAAAGCUACUUUUUCUUGUGAAGAAGGAUUCAGAUUACAUGGAACUAGUGAAACUACCUGUGCCAUUAAGAAUACAGGUGUUGACUGGGAUAGAGAGCUUCCUUUCUGUGAAAGAAUUCCUUGUGAACCACCUCCAAGCAUAGCCAAUGGGCACUACAUGGAAGCAGCCAGCUAUGUUUAUGGAACAGCAGUGAUCUAUUCAUGUGAUGAUGUAUCGAGAGGCACGGAACCCUUCUCGCUGAUUGGCUCAGCUACUAUUUUCUGCACAUCUGAUGCACACUCUAAUGGAGUUUGGAGUGCCCCACCUCCACAAUGUAGAGUGGUCAAAUGUGAUAACCCGGAAGUUGAAAAUGCAAAAAAACAAAGUGGGUUUGGAAUUUCCUAUAGCUAUAAGGACACAGUCGUGUUUCAGUGUGAUCCAGGGUAUUUCAUGAUCGGACAACCAGUAAUUACCUGUGAAGAAAAUAACACAUGGUCUCAAAAACCAACUUGUAAAAAAGGUGCAUGUGGUGCCCCAGAGAUCACACAUGGAGUAGUGAUUCCAGCAAAAUCUGUAUAUGAAGAAGGAGAGUCUGUUCAGAUUAAGUGCAAUGCUUACUGUACUUUUCCUGAUGGCACUGAAGAGAUGACAGUAACUUGUCAACAGCAGGAUACAUGGAAUUCUUUGAAAAGCUGUACAUGUGAGUAAAACUCUGCUGGUUUCACUCCAAACAUAAAUUAUGGUAGAGUAAUUGAUGGACAAAAACCUACAUACUCUGUCGGGGAUUUUAUUACGAUUGAAUGUUACGCAGGCUACACAUUACAUGGUGAAGCUCGUAUUCAGUAUAUUGGAGAAAACCAAUGGAGUCCUGGAGUGCCAACUUGCCAGUUAAGUGUGUAUAUUACGGCCAUCAUCUGUG